CAUUGAUAUUGAGCAGCUGAAUAGCUAACUCAUGUUUCUGUUUUAAAAUGUAAAUAUUUGUAAUUAAGUCUGCACAUAUUUUUUUAUUGCCCUAAAGGACAUAAGUGUUUUUCACCAAGAGGUUUUCAGGUUGCCCCUAACCUUUGUGCAAUCUUUUCUGGUUUCCCAAAGUGUAUUUUUAUCUGAACCGAGUGAGGGCUGUGCCAUACAUAAAUGCAAAUGGAAAUGCUACCUUUCAUUUUCUUACAGAGAAGUUUAAAUAGGCAUUUGUAAAAAAUGGAUUAAUACUCCUGAUAAGUUGUAAGUGAAUUGAGCAUUAACUUUCCUUUUCUAUAAAUGCUUAUCUCCUGAAAUAUUUUUUUCCUGAAAAUAAGGUAAGCAGAAACUCUCCAUCCACUUUGCCGGGAUAUUUUCAUGCUGAGAUUGCCAAUCAUUGUUAAAGUGUUUUUAUACAACAAGGAAAUAAUCUUUAGUAUAAAAAAUUAUCAAGUAUAUUAACUGUGUGACCAUGUUUACUUUUAAGCCCAUUUUUGGCUGCUUAGCAUGGAGUGGGCACAAUAAUUGCUAAUAUUUCUUUUAAUGAAAUUUCCUGUGCAGCCUUUUUUAUAGGAUCACUACAGGUUAAGUGAGUUGGGGAAGACAAUCUUUCUCGAACAAUACUGCAUACCUUUCAUUGUAUUACGAACCUAAGUGUUCUAUGUCCUGGAGUUAAGCAACAAAUUGCCCUAUGAUUAUGGUAUCACAUGCCAUUAAAUUGCUUUUCUUGGUCCCUUGUUUUGUGCAAUUUUAAAGAGAUGACUUUCUAUUAAGUUUAACUGUGUAUAUAUAAUUAAUUUCCCACAACUAAAAUGUGCAUUAUUUUUUCCAAAGUUUUAUCAUUGCUAUUUAUUUUUACUUUUUCUGAACAUUCAAUACAUGUUCUUUUUUUGUAUGUAUGUUUAAUUACAUAUCUGUCACAUAGAAUAUAAAAUUUUUACUGUACAUUAAGUUCUAGAAAAAGCAAAUAAAUGAAGAUUGUUUUAUUUGCUUGAUAAAGUAAUUGAAAGUGUAUUUUUGGUAUGAAGCUGGUUUUCUGUCACAAUUGUAUCUGCCCCAAACUUAAAAGUUCUUAUAAUAAAAUAAAAAUAUAUACGAUGGCUAAUUCUUCAGAUAUUACUUUUAAAGAAUUCUGUAUUCAAAUUAUAUUUUGAAAACUAAAAUUGUGUUCACUAAGGACCCUAAAGUUGAGCACAUUUUACUACAGUUCUGUUUGGAAGACCCGACUGUGUCCUUAGACUCAGACUGAGCUGCUGAGGGAGUGAGCAUGAGUGCUUAUGGUUACACUCGGGAAGGAACGCUUUCUGUGUCUAACCAUCCGGUCUGAAGAAACUGUUUAAAUGGCAGCAGUCUAAGUUGGCCUCGGCGUCAGCUUGCGGCCCAGCGUGGCCCAUGUGCUGGGAUGGUUGCUAGAAGAAUGAACCCACACGGGAAGAAGAGAUGAACGAAUGAAUGGACGACUCUCUCACCCUCCCGCCGCGGGAGCGCUCCGCGGAGCCGGCAGGAGCUGGCCCUGAUUGGACGCCUCCGCGGCGCAGGGCCACCACGCUCGGCGCCCGGGGGCGGGGCGCCCUGUAGCCCCUCCCACGGGGCGGGGCCUGUGGCGCGCGGGAAGCGGAGCGCGCGCUGGAGCCGCUGAAUGACCGGGUCCCUGUAGGAACGCUGCCCGCGACUCGGGAGGAUGAAGGUCAUCACUUGCGAGAUCGCCUGGCACAACAAGGAGCCGGUGUACAGCCUGGACUUCCAGCACGGCGCGGCCGGGAGGGUCCACAGGCUGGCGUCCGCGGGCGUGGACACCGCCGUGAGGGUCUGGAAGGUGGAAAAAGGACCGGACGGGAAGGCCAUUGUUGAAUUUUUGUCCAAUCUGGCCCGCCACACCAAAGCCGUCAAUGUCGUGCGCUUCUCUCCAAACGGGGAGGUUUUAGCAUCCGGAGGAGACGAUGCGGUCAUUCUGCUGUGGAAGGUGAACGACAGCAAGGAGCCCGAGCAGGUGGCCUUCCAGGACGAGGACGAGGCGGAGCUGAACAAGGAGAACUGGACGGUGGUGAAGACGCUGAGGGGCCACCUAGAAGAUGUGUACGAUAUCUGCUGGGCCACCGAUGGCAAUUUGAUGGCUUCCGCCUCUGUGGACAACACAGCCAUCAUCUGGGACGUCAGUAAAGGACAGAAGAUCUCGAUUUUUAAUGAACAUAAAAGUUAUGUACAAGGAGUUACCUGGGAUCCUUUGGGCCAGUAUAUUGCGACCCUGAGCUGUGAUCGGACCCUGAGGGUGUACAGCACACAGAAGAAGCGCGUGGCUUUCAACGUCUCGAAGAUGCUGGCGGGCGCGGGCGCCGAGGGAGAGGCCAGGAGUUACCGGAUGUUUCACGACGACAGCAUGAAGUCGUUCUUCCGGAGACUGAGCUUCACUCCCGACGGCUCCCUGCUGCUCACCCCAGCCGGAUGCGUGGAGUCUGGCGAAAAUGUAACCAACACCACGUACCUCUUCUCCAGGAAGAAUCUGAAAAGGCCUGUGGCGCAUCUCCCGUGUCCCGGAAAAGCCACGCUUGCUGUCCGCUGCUGCCCCGUCUACUUUGAGUUGAGGCCGGAGGCGGACACAGACGGGCCGGCCCCGGGGCCGCUGGUGCGCCUGCCCUACCGCGUGGUGUUCGCCGUGGCUUCCGAGGACUCCGUGCUCUUCUACGACACCCAGCAGCUCUUCCCUUUCGGCUACGUGUCCAACAUCCACUACCACACCCUGAGCGACAUCUCCUGGUCCAGCGAUGGGGCCUUCCUGGCCAUUUCCUCCACCGAUGGCUACUGCUCCUUCGUGACGUUUGAGAAGGGUGAGCUUGGAGCACCUUUCAAAGGGAAGCCGGAUCUGAGCACGAGAACUCCUGAGACGGCGAAGAAAACCAAGCGCCAGACCCAACAGGAGUCCUCGCCGGGACCCCGGCUGGGGGAGGGCACCCCCGCCAGCAGAAUCCCAGACCCCGGCAGCCCCUGCUCAGCACCCGCUCCGGGGAAGCCGUCCGCAGCCCCAGCGCCCAAGGACUCGCCCUCCACCGCGGCCACCGCCAGGGGCGCGGCGCCCAGGCCCUCGGAGGAGAAGAGCCCGCCCAGCAGUCAGACCCCAAAAGCGCCCCCGCCCCGGAGGGUCACCCUGCACACCCUGCAGGCCUGGAGCAAGGCACCCCGGAGAGUGACCGUGAUGCCCUUGAAGGCGGACGCCCCGAAUUCUGCGCCAGGCGGUGUGGUUUCCGCCCCGCCCACGGAGGUCCAGCCAGCCUUGUCGGUGAACGCUUCAGAGCCGCCUGGAGACGUGCAGGUCAGCCCCCCGGAGCGGAAGCGGCCCCGGCCCGCAGAGGACAGAGGCGGCGCCCAGGGGCUGGAGCCGGGGGGAGACCUGGCUUGUGCUUGAAGGCUGCACGGCUGGGGACUCCCAUCGCUCGGGGAAGGGCCGACGACCCCAGGUCGGGGCGUCAGAGGAGCCUGGUGGGCCCCCGACCUGAUUCCUGGACCAAGCUGCACGUGGCCGGCGUCCCCCAGCGAAGGGUCUGCUCCUGCCUUCGUGUGAGUUUGCCUGAGACGCGGACAUGUCACCGGCCCAGCCCCCCCCCCCCUCCCGACACGUUUCUGGAGCUGGACCCGUCGAACAUUAUCCGGUGUGAACACCAGUCGCUCCUCCCGGAAAGCCUGCGGAAGCGAGGCCCUCACGGGGGCCUGGUGAACGCCGGGUGUUCGAAUGGUUAUCAGAUUUCCCUUGUACAUAGGGGGCUAGCUUUUAGCAGUUUGUUCUAUUUGCGUUCUGAUUUUAAAGGUAAUAAUGCUUCUUCUAAACAGUUAGUAAACCGGCGUGAAGGGGAAAAGCAGUUGGGGGUAGGGAGCUUCGUCCUCCCACCCCUGCUUUGGCAUAAAGACUGUUUCAUUCUUUUUAAGGAGAGAGGUGAGAUUUUACUUGAGAUACAAUUUGGUAUCCAAAUAGGUUAACUUUUUAGGUUGAUUUUUCAAAGAAGAAAAAGUAACUUAGUGAUUUA